GGGCCUGCUGAGCACCUGUCAGGGCCAGCUCCCCCGCACAGGUGCCAGGCAGGUGGCUCCGGCCAAGCCCAGCCCAGGCAUGAGCUCCUUCGACCUCCCGGCGCCCUCCCCACCGCGCUGCAGCCCCCAGUUCCCCAGCAUCGGUCAGGAGCCCCCCGAGAUGAACCUUUACUAUGAGAACUUCUUCCACGCCCAGGGGGUGCCCAGCCCUCAGCGGCCCCCCUCCUUCGAGGGUGGCGGGGAAUUUGGGGCCACACCCAACCCCUACCUCUGGCUCAACGGGCCAGCCAUGACCCCGCCACCCUACCUGCCGGGCACCAGCGCCAGCCCCUUCCUGCCCCAGACCUACGGGGUGCAGAGGCAGCUGCUGCCUGGCAUGUCGGGGCUCGGGGGCGGCGACCUGGGCUGGCUGCCCAUCCCCUCGCAGGAGGAGCUGAUGAAGCUGGUGCGGCCCCCCUACUCCUACUCAGCGCUCAUCGCCAUGGCCAUCCACGGGGCGCCGGACAAGCGCCUCACCCUCAGCCAGAUCUACCAGUACGUGGCCGACAACUUCCCCUUCUACAACAAGAGCAAGGCCGGCUGGCAGAACUCCAUCCGCCACAACCUGUCGCUCAAUGACUGCUUCAAGAAGGUGCCCCGUGACGAGGACGACCCGGGCAAAGGGAAUUACUGGACCCUGGACCCCAACUGUGAGAAGAUGUUCGACAACGGAAACUUCCGACGGAAGAGGAAGAGAAAAUCCGACGUGUCCUCCAGCACCGGCUCCUUGGCCUCUGAGAAAACGGAGACCAGCCUCCUGGGGGGCAGCGCCAAGGCCGCAGAGGCCCAGGACCUCCUGGACGGCGCCUCGCCCGGGCCCGGCGGCUCCCCGGAGAAGCCGGCCUCGCCGCCCCUGCCGGCCACGCCCUGCCUCAACGGCUUCCUCUCCACCGUGUCCGCCUACGUGAGCGGGUCGGGCCCCGGGAGCCGCCCCGUGGCCACGCCGGGACUGAGCCCGGAGCCCGCGGACAAGCUGGCGCAGAACUUGCUGAACUUCAACUCCUACACAACCCUCGGCAACAUCAGCGGCCACGCGGGAGGCGGCGAGUGGGCACCCCCCGCGCCCGGCAGCACCCUGGGCUACGGGGGCGCUGCCCUCAACCAGUUCAGCCCCCACUUCUACAACGGCAUCAACACCAACGGCAUCCUCUACCCCAGGGAGGGCUCCGAGGUCUAGAAACAGCCCCGGGUCCUCCGUGGCAGCUCCCCAGGGGUCCAAGACCUCCGAACGGCCCAGCCACACUGAGGAGGCUGGGGGGAAUUCAUCCUUUUCCCAGAACACGGCGUAAACCUUGUGUUUAUCUCACAUCCAUCUACAUACCCCCCCCCCACUGUGCGGUGGGAAUCCUGGCGCCUGCGUGACCAGAAUCAUCUCAGCCAUUUACUGAGCACUUACUAUGUGCUGGUGCUGCAAGGCGUGAGCACACGAUUUGCAGCCACCUUGUGUGUGUGUCCCAUGAACCUCCCCACUUAACAGAUGAGAAAACUGAGGCUCCGGGAAGUGAAGUCACCUUCCCAGGUCAUGCAGACUAGGAAGUGGCAGAGGCAGGAGUCCAAUCCAGGUCUCUGUGACCCCCAGAGUUUGGGCCAGUGAGACGGAGGAAUGGGUUGAGCAGCUAAGGAAGGGCAGGGUGGAGACCUGAUAAUGGCAAGUAUAUCCGGAUCUCCCCACCGCCUUCUAGCCACUGAUCAAAAUUUAGUGCCAGCCCUGGGCAUGCUUCAUCUUGGUCCGAGUCUUUAUUCAGUGGCCCCCAAGUUACCCUCCGGCACUCCUUUCGCUGCUACUCAAGGAGGGAAGCCCAGGUCCAGGCCCCCAGGACAGGGUGUCCGGCCUCUCCCUACGGAGGGAUGUUGCCUCCCCAGCCCCGCAGACCAUGGACAGGACAGGAGAGGAGCCAUACGCACCCCAGCACCCCCAUCUCCGCACCGCCCACUGGCAAAUUCUUACAAAACCCAGCUUCCUGUGUGCAUGUCAUGGACCAGUGAGCUGGAGGUGGCCAAGUCUUCAAGGGAAAACAAAGUUGAAUAAGUGCUUCCUUUUCUUUAGACCGGGAAAGGCUAUAAGCCACCACACGGGGGUCCCUGCAUGUAGCUCCUGGGAUCUUUUGGGUUUUCGGGGGGUGGUUGAUGUACUUUAUAUGCCUGUGAUGUUUCAUCACUGCACACCCUGGGAAGUGUUUUAUUGUUUUCUUAUGUUCUUUUUAAUUAAAAAAAAAAUAAC